AACCUCUCCCCAAUCCACCACCAGGCCAAGUGGAAGGCCAUGAAUCCCCCUCCAGUCCCAUCCUCCAACCGUGGAAGAGGAAAGUCCAGGCGUUCCAAAGGAGAUGGAGAUACCACUGAGACAAGCAUCAGUUGGCAGGCAGAUGUCCAAUGUACCAACAAGCUGGUCGAUUACCUCGUCAACAAUAUGGCGGAUUGUCGUGUCCUAUUCUCUAGCGAGGGGAAGAAACCUAGUGAUCCUAACAUCGAGGGUCCUCCAUUGGGCAAAGACAAGAAUGCAAUCCAUGCGGUGAUAGCAGAAGUGAUUUUCAGUGGCGAUAAAGUAUAUUCUGGCCAAUAUGCUGCCAAUCGGACCAGGUUCCGUGACUUUGUGUCCAACCGUAUAACAGCUCUCCGGAAUAAAUUCCGUGACUACCGCAACGAGUUUGAAUCGACCGGUGCAGGGAUUGUGCCCCUCGAUGCGGGUACUGCGGAAAAUCUACAUGCCAAAGUCCAGAAAGAAUUCCCCUGGUACGACAAUCUCCAUAAAAUCUGGGGCUCCAACCCAUCAUUCGCUGCCAAAACG